CUCCAGGGUUUUGAACAUUUUCUUCCUUCCCGUGUACCCUUUCAUUAUCGUCAGGGUUUUAGCCCCUCCACCUCUCUCCAUUUCUAUCUCUGCAAUUUUCUGUAUAUCAAAGAUGGAUUCCAUUGCUAAAGUGCUCUGCCCUCAUCAACCCUUUCAUUGCUCCCUCAAUCCCUAUCGUCCAUCCUUCUCCAAUCCCAAAGCUUUCCUCUCCUUCUGGACCCCACCUCCUCUAUCGUCAUCAUCAUCACCGUUCAAAAUUUCCUCCGUUAGAGCCUCAUCUUCUCGCUCUCCACUCAAUAAAACAUCGCAAACCCAUCAAACCUCUCCUCUUCAAACCCUAAACCCUCUCCUCAAAACCACCUGCAUCACUCUUACUGCCGCUGCUGCAAUCCUCUUUUCGAGACUCCAGAUUAAACCAGCAAUUGCCGCCCCGGUCGCCUCGCAAGCCACCGUAGAGCCCACCAAGGAAUCCUCGAAGGAAAAUGUAUCAUAUGAAGAACAAGAACGAGACCUUGAAGAGCAUUUGGCUCGACAUCCUGAUGAUACUGAAGCUCUGCGUUCCCUCAUGGAGGUGAGGAUCAAAGCCCGGAAGCUUCUUGGAGCAAUCGAAGUUGUGGACCGCUUAAUUGAGCUGGAGCCCAGUGAGGAUGAGUGGCCAUUGCUAAAAGCUCAAAUUUAUAGCUACAGUGGAGAAUUUGAAUCGGCGAGAAAAGGGUUCGAGGAAAUACUAGAGAAAGACCCUCUUCGGGUGGAGGCUUAUCAUGGUCUAGUGAUGGCGCAUUCUGAAUCUGGGAAUUCAUUGGACGAGGUGUUAAAAAGAAUUGAAGCAGCGAUGAAUAAAUGCAAGAAAGAGAAGAAAAAAUCUGACUUGAGGGAUUUUAAGCUAUUAAUUGCACAAAUUAGAGUGAUAGAGGAGAAAUAUGUGGACGCUCUGAAGGUUUACGAGGAAUUGGUGAAGGAGGAGCCAAGGGAUUUUAGGCCGUAUUUGUGUCAGGGAAUUAUAUAUACUCUGUUGAGGAAGAAAGAUGAGGCAGAGAAAAAAUUUGAGCAGUUUAGGAAGCUUGUGCCUAAGAAUCAUCCAUACAGGGAGUUUUUCCUUGAUAACAUGUUUGCAACAAAGUUCUUCUCGGAGAAGGUCCAGAGGGAGGGAGCAGGGUCGAGCAUCUGAGAGGAGUAGGGAAUAAAUUUAGAUGCAGCUGAUAUGCAGAUUCUACAAUGAUUGGCUUGGAACAGAAGGAAAUGUAUUGUGUUCAGAUGAGUCUUCAUGUGGAAGCAUUGUAUCUUGAUUCAUACUGUGGAAGACCCUAGGAGUAGAUAAAUUUGUUAAAUAGAUCUAAACAAAAUUGUGGAGUGCAAAUUUGGCGGUAAGAGGAACUUGCAGACAUAAAAAUGUAACUUCUAUGAUUGCUGGAGGAAUUUAUAUUGUUAGUUGUUAAGUAGAAGCAGAACAGGAAUCUUUGCAAAUGUUUAUUAAAGAAGAUAACGAGGCGUAGAAGUACAUAUGAACUCUA